UGGGCAGAUGCAAGAAGUUGAAGUCUUGUUCAAUGAGAUGCCAAACAACGGAACUUACAUAAACCGAGUCAUAUUUAGUAUGAUGAUUGAUGAUUAUUGUAAGCAAUGUAAUGUGGAUGAGGCACUGAGGCUGCUGAGAAUUAUGCAGGGCUUAGGACAUGAGGCUGAUGCAAAUGUUUACAAUAUAAUUGCUAGUAGGUUGCGUAAGCUAGACCUGUAUGACGAAGCAAAGAGGUUGUUGCUCUCGAUGGUGGAUCGAGGUGUAGCUCUAAAUUUAUUGUGUUAUACAACUUUGAUUGAUAUUUACAGCAAGCAGGGAAAUUUUGUUGAAGCAAAAAGGACAUUUAGUGAGAUGGAAACUAAGGGAAUUAAGCCUGAUACGACAACGUACAGCGCCCUGAUAGAUGGUUAUUGCAAGCAUGGAAAUUUUGUUGAAGCAAAAAGGACGCUUAGUGAGAUGGAAAAUGAGGGAGUUAUGCCUAGCACGAUAACCUACACUGCACUGAUAGAUGGUUAUUGCAAGCUAGGAAAUUUUGUUAAAGCUAAAAGGGUACUUGUUGAGAUGGAAAAUAAGGGAGUUAAGCCUAACACAAUAACUUACACUGCGCUUAUAGAUGGUUAUUGCAAGAAAGGUAUUAUGAAGGAAGCGUAUAAGCUAAUGAUUGACAUGGAAGCUAAUGACCUGAUACCUGAUGUCUAUACGUACACUUCUUUUAUAGAUGGUUAUUGCAAGCAGGGAAAUCUUUUUGAAGCAAAAAGGACACUCAGUGUAAUGGAAACUAAGGGAGUUAAGCCUAACACAACGACGUACAGUGCGAUGAUAAAUGGUUAUUGCAAGAAAGGUAUUAUUAAGGAAGCUUAUAAGCUAUGGAUUGACAUGGAAGCUAAUGACCUGAUACCAAAUGUCUAUACAUACACCUCACUUAUACAUGGGGAAUGCCAAUCGGGAAAGGUACAUCAUGCUCUAAAGCUUUUCAACGAGAUGACCACAAAGGGUUUAGCUCCGAAUGUGGUGACCUAUACAAUAAUGAUUUCUAGCUUAUUAAAAGAGGGCAGAUCACAUGAAGCCUGCAGAUUAUACUAUCAGAUGAAAGAGGCAGGCCUAACACCCGAUGCCACUGAAUAAUCUGUACUUGUGGGUAGGCUUUCAUAGUUGAAAUUUAUUUAGUGUGAGAAUUUCUUCUCUAGGAUCUUGUAAACCGUUAAUUUA